UUUUUCUGGUAUCCAAGGAAAAUGGUGACAUCUGCAUAUUCUGGUUGAUGUUAUGAGCUGAUCAGCGCAUCUGAUACCGUUAGAGACAUGCCAGUAUAUUAUACUGGCUUAAAUGCUAGUCCACUUUUUUCCAAUCAGGAUGGGAUUAUCACGUCUAUAUCACAUUUGACUCAGAUUCCAUUUCCUGAAAUUACAGACAUUGAGAUUGGUUGGAAUUAUUUUCUUUUGUGGCAAAAUACAAGAUUAUAUAUCACUGGUAAAAUUAGUAAGGAAGAUGACAAAAACAGACCACGUUUAAUGCAGAUUCCAGAAAAGUCAUCAGGAAGUUGUAAACUGGCUAUUCCUGGUAGGGAUAGUGUAGUUGUUUUGUCCACACACAAUGAAAUCUGGAAAUAUAAAAUGUAUGAUGACACUUGGCAAAAAGUAACACCCUUUAUUCCUAGCAAUGACAACAUACAAAUUGAACACGCCAUUAAACUAUCACAAGCAGGAUGUACAGUAAUUUUAACCAAUUUAGGACGCGUAUUUAAUGCUCCACUUUUGGUUGAGAUGCCAAAGAGGGUCAAGUUUGUUGAUCUUGCCUGUGGUUUCGAUCAUACUAUUUUAUUGGCAGAGAAUGGCGAUGUAUACUCAAUGGGGAUGGGAAUACGUGGCCAGUUAGGGCAUAACGAGUUAGAAGAUUGUGAUAAUCCGAAACUUAUUGAAGCCCUAGCAGGUCUGAAAGUGAUACAAAUAUCAGCAGGUGGUUGGCAUACCGCUGUAGUUACUGAUCAGGGUGAUCUUUAUACUUGGGGAUGGAAUUCAAAUGGAGAGCUAGGAAUUGAAAAUAAAGACAAAAAGGUUUACGCCGUUCCAACUUUGGUAGAUUUUAAAAAUGACACAGGAGAAAAUAUAGAAAUUAAUGUUAAAAAAGUCGAGUGUGGAAAUUCGUUUACUGUAUGCUUAGCAGACGACGGCUUCUUUUGGGGCUGUGGCACUAACAAAUACGGUCAACUAGGAAAACUUCAACGAAAUUUAGAAAAUCCGUAUAAUUUUGUCAAACUGGACAUUCAUUUUUCGCUGGAUUCUGGAACAAUAAAAAAAUUGAAAUGUCAUGAAUGGGGUACAGCGAUAAUCACAGAAUAACACUGUACUUUAAAUUGUUAGA